UUUUAGUUCCUGGUCUGGGAACCAACUAUUUGCAAGUACAGCAUGAAACUUCACACGCUUGUUCUCUACAAGCCUGUCUUGCUGACCACUGACAGCUAUUGCACUGGAUGCUUAAAGUUAAUUUUGUGUGGAUUUUGGAAAGUCUGAAACUGGAUUACUGAAUUGCGGUAAAGAAAUAUGUUCUGCUACUGGCACCUUUUUGAGACACAUUGCCUAGCAAGUUUCCCUUUUUUAUCAUGACUACUAAUGAAGACAAGACUGUAGUUCAAGAAGAUAUUGUGGAAGAAAAAAGUGAAGAAAUGUCUACCAAUUUAAAAUACCUUUCCUUGGGCAUCCUGGUUUUUCAGACCACAAGUUUAGUCUUGACCAUGCGUUAUUCUCGGACACUGAAAGAAGAAGGACCUCGUUACUUAUCCUCUACUGCAGUAGUUAUUGCUGAACUUCUGAAGAUUUUGGCCUGUGUUCUAUUGGUCUACAAAGACAGCAAGUGCAAUUUACGGACUCUGAACAGAGUGCUACAUGAUGAAAUCCUCAAUAAACCCAUGGAGACUCUUAAACUUGCUAUUCCUUCAGGAAUUUAUACACUUCAGAAUAACUUGCUCUAUGUAGCAUUGUCAAACCUAGAUGCAGCCACAUACCAGGUUACAUAUCAACUGAAAAUUCUUACCACAGCGUUGUUUUCUGUGUCCAUGUUGAGCAAGAAAUUGGGUGUAUACCAAUGGCUUUCAUUAGUAAUACUGAUGACAGGAGUGGCAUUUGUGCAGUGGCCUUCAGACUCUCAAGCAACAGCAGCUAAGGAACAUUCGGCAGGAUCGCAAUUUGUAGGCCUGAUGGCAGUUCUUAUAGCGUGCUUUUCUAGUGGAUUUGCUGGGGUUUAUUUUGAGAAAAUUUUAAAGGAAACUAAGCAGUCUGUGUGGAUCAGAAACAUUCAGCUUGGAUUUUUUGGUAGCAUAUUUGGAAUGAUGGGUGUAUACAUUUAUGAUGGAGAACAACUGUCAAAGAAUGGAUUUUUUCAAGGAUACAAUAAACUUACUUGGAUAGUUGUUGUUCUACAGGCACUUGGAGGGCUGGUGAUUGCUGCUGUUAUCAAAUAUGCAGACAACAUUUUAAAGGGAUUUGCAACUUCCCUCUCUAUUAUACUGUCAACGUUGAUCUCCUAUUUCUGGCUGCAAGAUUUUGUCCCUACAAGUGUCUUUUUCUUCGGAGCCGUCCUUGUAAUAGCAGCUACUUUCCUAUAUGGUUAUGAUCCCAAACCUGCAGGAAAUCCCAUUAAGGCAUAGCAGACUUCCUCAUCAGCCUGCUUCUCAAGAUCGUGCAUUGCGGGUCUUGCUAACAGUGGCACGUGGACAGUGUCAUUUUGCACUGCACGGAAAGGAUUGCUACCCUGAAUCUAUUGAAGAAAUGCUUAUGAGUAGUUUUGAACAGCCAGAGGGCUUAAAGGUGGAUGAUGAUACUGUCUGUAACUGAUGGAAAAAAAAAAAAAUGGCAGGGGAAUGCCCAGUGCAACUUGCUAAUAAAAACUUGAAAGGAACAAAAAGUUUCCAAGAAACUGCAAUUAAGAAUGUUUACAGCUUUGACUGGGAUUGCAUCAAAAGAAUUUACUGUAUUGACUGCUGCAGAAAUAUGUCCUAUGCACUCUUCGAAAGAGCACAUGACAAUAUUGUCAGAUUGUAUGUUUUUGCAAUUUGACUAUACUUAAUCUUAGUAAAUGUUUUUAACUAUUUGUCUAUUUACAUGAAAUCAGCUGAAUACACAUCAUAGUUCUAAAGUGAUGGUUCUAAUUAGGUAUUCCUUAUUAAAACUGUGAAGAUUGAAGUAUGAUUGAAAGACACUCUCACAAUAUCCAAUAUUUUUAUAUUUCUAGAAGCCUGAUUUAAUAACAGAAAUCCGUUAUUAAAUCCUAAUAUUAUAAUUCUGUUGCUUAUAUAAAACUAUUGUAAGAAUGUUAAUAUUCUCAUCCCUAAGUACAGAAAGGGAGAAAUUCAGAGGGAAAUAUUUGUUGAUACCCCGGCCUUCGUCAGGACAGGCUGUGGUGUUCCAACAGAUGCAAUGGCUCCGUGAGCACAGGCUGGAGGUUACUGCACUGACCUGGCAUUAAGAGUAGGGUUACGAUGCAGUGCUCGCUCACAUGUAAUGUUAGUUCUUUUUAUUUUUAUUGAUUAAAAAACAGCUUUUGGGCAGAACCUUUAAAGUAGUUUUUAUGCUUUAAAUAUCCUCUGGGGAAUUUUUUAACCACAGUUUAAAAAAAAAAAAAGCCCAUAAUAAACAUUUUAAAUGCAUUGUUGUCUGUAACAGUUCCAUCUGGAGCUAUUAUGGUAUAUCAUCUGUAUACUGUACUGUAUUUUAUUACAGAGGUGUUUUUUAAACAAGUGUUGUUUACUCAUAAAUUCUCCAAGACUUUUUCAGUACAUUUCUAUGUAAUGGCUUAAUUAGAGGUUGGUGGGUUUUUUUAAUUAUUAUUUUGUUCUGGGAGUCCUUGAACCAACAAACCAAAAUGGGUUCUCUGGAGCUAUUCAGUCUAGUAGAGGAAUUACUUUAAUAGGAAACAUAAUGAAAAAGUAAUUAAUUGUGCAAUAGGUAAAUAUAAAAGCACGCUGUUCUGUUUUAAACCAAAAAAAAAACCUUCACAAGCCUAGAUGCAAUUAGAACUUAGAUCAAUUGGACUGUUACGAACACUUCACUUGUUGAAGUAUUUGCAUAUAGCCAGAAACACGAAAAAGCUGUCUUAAAUAUCACUUGUUUUCAGGAGACCUAUUCACAAUGGAUAUUAAUGCAGAGUGCUACGCUUGUAAAGGUAUAUAUAUUUAUACAAAACUAUAUCAAUAGUCCCUUACCUGCAGAAUGACAAGUGGUAAAAAUGUAUGAUUUCGUUUAUUUCCUCCCUUCACGCUCUUUCUCUCUUCUGUCUUCUGCUAAUGAACAUGUUGUGAGAGAGGUGUUUUAAAAUGUUUACCAAAGUACCUCAUCCUCUUUUCCACAUUGUAGCGGUGGAUUAACAAGGAGAUUCUGUAAGAGUGUUCCUAAGAUUUUUUUUUUUUUUUUAAUGAAGUAUUGUAAAUGGGAAAGGAAAAAUUUUGCUUACGUCAGCCAAGUAAAAAUAGUGUUUUUCUUCUGUUGGUAAUGACAUGGAUUAUCAACUUUUUGUUUGUUUAUCGUAUCAGAGCAAGACAUUAAUUUCAGAGUUAUGCCAAGGGCUUGCUAAGCUUUGUGAACUGUGAAUUUAUCCCAGCAUGCCAUCAUUGCAGGAGCUUUGCUACUUGGUAGUGAAAACUAUCUCGUGUUGCCCUAAAUUGGCAUUCUAUGUUAAUAUUAAACCUUUUACCUAUAACACUCAAUGUGGCAAAAUCUUUGAAAAAUUACAUUGAGUAAUUUCGCCACUGAAAUACAAGAAGAGGGAAGAUGCGUAGAGUAGCGGCUUGCGGUAUUGCUUGCUGUAGAAAGGGAGGAGCCUAACUCUGAAACCAUCUGAGAAGUGCUGGUAGUAAUACCUGAAUUGAGUUUUGACUUUUAAUUCCAGGAAUCACAGUCAUGGAAAUCAGUCAAUUCCUUGAGGAAUUUCUCUAAAAAACGUAAGAAGCAGGUUGAGAACACUUCAAAGACAGUUACACAGGAAGGGACCGAAUAAUCACCGUGUUGCUGGAGUUCUGUUACGUACAACCCAGUUUUAAUACUUCAGGUGCAUCCGUCAAUAUUUGUAAGUAAGCAUCAGUUUAAAAGAAAAGAACAGGAAUAGGUGCUCUUUGCUUUUGAAUAGGGUGCCAUACAGGUUUGGAAAACAACAUAUCUACUGUACUUAGGAAUAGUAAGUCCUGUCAGUAGAUCAGUGACUCUUCCAUGCUUCCAGUUGACAGUUCCAUUACAUUUUCCAGUAGAGGGAGGGAUCUCUGCAUACACUUUUUGCUGCAAAGGAAAUAGCAGUCUGCAUUUUGAGCUGCCUUUCCUUGGCCCUUCACAGACUGAGGAAGGAUUCUCCCCUGAGGCCCUCCAGGUUGAAAGGAAUUAUUCUAGACAGAGGGAAGAUAGCUAUGUUUCUUAAGAACAGAAAGGUUUUGAGGUGGGUUUGCUGAUUUCUGUAACCUUCGCAAACUGAGAGCAUAUGCAUAUUUUCUCACUGAGAUACUUUUCUAUCUGGAUUUUAAAAUUUAAAAAAAAUCAACAAAAAACCAAUUUAAGUCUGUAACUCAUUAACUAACCAAAGAAGCACAGCUAGCACAGAGCAUUGGGAAGUAGGGGAUAGUGUGCUUUGAGUUUGCCCUAAAAGCAAUCUGUAGGAGUCUAACUUUCCAAAAAGAAACCUGUUUAUCUGAGCUAUUUUUCUGACUUGUAGACAAUGGAUUUGUUACUUCAGUUGUAUAUUUAGGAGGCUAACCUAUACUUAGCAGAAUUUUAUUUAAGUAUUUAUAAAGUUAUAGCUAGGUAUUUAUUUGCAAUAACUUGAAUUAUGGAUUUUUUGUUUCAAGACUUGCAUAGUGGGAGUACUAGUAUUUAUUGAAUACUUGGAUAUUUAGUAGUUUUAUUUGAGAAUCUCUGGGAUACAUGAUAAAUGGUCAAAUAACAAUAAAUGUAGAACUAUCUUGAGAGCAAAAUAAAUCAGCAGUUCAGUGGUGAAAAAUCUUGAGUCUAAUAAAGUAAGAUAAACUUUUCUUUAUACAUUGUAUUUCUGUGCUAGCCACAAGUGCCCAAUAAUAUUUUUUUCUCAAAGAAUUCAAAUAAUUUUAUAGUUCUAUUUACCUUCUUUGUUUUAGACAAACUAUAAGAAAAUUUCCUUUUUUUUUUUUAGUUUUACUAAUGGGUAGAUUAAUAUUCUAGAUCCAGUUUCUACAAGAUAAUACUUUGGGGGUUUUACUGUAAUUUUUUAGAAACUAUUGUUUUUCCUUUAAAAAAGGAUCUUAUUUUGGUAGCAUAUACUUGUGUUUCAGUUACUCAUACAUUUCUUCCACAGAUUUUUAGGCGUAUAUAAUUGUUUUGUGUUCCUAACUUAUUUUUAUGGCUGUAAUUCAAAAGACUGUAAUUGAUUUUGUUAAAUUAUUUUAAAAUUGAUAAGUGAAAUGUUGCAUUUCUUCUGGUUUUCAUUGUCAGUAACUUUCAUAUUUUAAUAUAUUUCCUUAUUAGCUGUGCAUGUUCUGUUGUAUUUUAGCAAUUGGCGUUUUCCAAAUUUGAAGCUGUCACUCAUUUUCCUCUUGUUGAGCGUGUUUCUUGCUGGAUAUUGUGAAUGAGGAAGGUUAUUUGUUGUUUUCUUCUCUGAAAUCCAUGUUUUGUAAGAAUGAGAUAUUAAAAAACAUUGAGGGUUUUUGUGUAUUAGAAUGGUAAUGUUUAUUUAUAACAUGAUAUUAUACCAUAUAUGUGGUAGUGUAUCAUUACCUUUGGUGUUCAGUUAAUGUAAGAUCAUCCACGAAGUGUUUUCUUCCCUUGUUUUCAUUGUUCUGUUCAUUUUUAAUGCUGAUUAUUUUCCACAGGAAGUUACUAAAGAGUUUCUACUCUUUCCAGGUAAGCUCACUAUAUGUUUUUAAGUAUCUAGAAUUAAGAUAUUUUUACUGGAAAAAACGCAGAGGAAAAUGUAACAAAAUAAGUGGGAUUAAUUAGAUGAUAUCUUCUGCUUAUAUCAGAGAUGAAAUCUCUGCUCUGAAAUACAAAUUUCUGUUCAGUUGAAUUCAUAACUUUUUCAAAUUAUUUCCUGCUGGGUGAAUUUAUAACUCUUUCUGGAAGCAAAAAAACCCCAACUGUCCUGAGGUGCUAUUCAGUCCUCAUUCUUGAAUGUCUCUUUGCACAUUUGCAUCCAAGAGUAGACAUGACAUUUUUAACUCUUGCUUUCAACCUUCUGUCAUUGUUCUGACUGUAAUUAGCCUUAUUAAUUUCAUUAGCAAUUUAUAGCUCAGUAAAAAUUGCUUAGAUGCUAAGCAUAUGUUUAUAAUUGCUGCCAUGAGGAACACUUUUUUAGAUUUUCAAAAGUUCGUCUUUAUUGUCAAUAUAUUUUUAAAUUUAAUUUUAAAUAUAUGAACCCAAAUAGAAAUCAUAUAUUCAAACAUUGUAGCAAAACUUUUAAGGUAAUCUUAGGAUUUUUUAUAUGUUGAUGUCAGUAGUUGUUUCUGAUUACGCUGAAUGCAAUUCCAGUAUAUGUUGUUUCCAGGCAGUUUGGAAACAGGUUAUUUUUUUGGUAUAACACUGCUGAACCAUGGAAUGCAUCUUACAUGAUGUAAUAUAGUCUUUUUUUAAUCUGUAUUGGGGUAAAAUACUGUAUUUUUUUCUCCUGUAUUUGUGGAUAACAUCACUAGAGUAAUAAACUGGUUAAAAUUAA